GAUUCAUAUAUCCGAGGCUGUGACUUUCGUUCUGGACUCAACUACUGGGCUAGAUAGGGAAGCGGGGCCAAUCAGAACUCUAGGUCGUUCUACGUGUCUGUGCGUCUUUGGUCCGAUCGAUAAAUUCGCUCCCCUCUAAUCAGCUGCUACUGUCUCACAGUUAUAACACUUACUGAACGUAACCGGAUCAGUGCAAAAGCACAAUUAACGGAAGAAUAUCUCUAGUACAGUUAAACAAACAAGUACAGUAAAACAAUCACUGGUAUAAUUGGUUAUAAUAAUAAUAAUAAUCGUUUCCAUUAAACCAAUCCCGUUCUCUUGAUAAAAGUAGAUCACUACACACUAAAAACAAAUAAAUAGAAACCUAAUUAACAGCAGUGUGAUGAUCAUGCUCUAGCGCCUGAACUUAUAGCGACUCACGUGCAAAUGGGUUUUUUCUCAUUUAACUCAGUUAAGCCCUUUUGUUAACUUAUUUAAUGGACAAAGUCAUCCAUGAUAUAACAACUUGUAGUACUAUCUUUAUUAUUAUGCUUGUAUGAAAUACAUAUGCUUGAACAUUGUUUAGCGCCUACGCAUAUAUUCAUUCUGCUAGCUUCACUAUUAACUGCUUAAUCUAUUCGCUGACUCAUCUAUUUUCCUAUACAUAUAUAUACCUGUACAUUUUGCACGCAUUGACGACAGCUACUUGCUACUGCUACAAUCGUAGUUCGCUUGCUCAUUCAUUUUGCCUCUCUGCUGUCUGGUCCGAAUUAUCUACUAAAUAAAACUGUAGUAGCUGCUUCUUUUUGCCUUCUGAUUUCAAAUAUCGUUGAAGAUUGUACGAUAACGGUCCGAGGGUGAUUAAUUAACGAAGCAUAGCCAUUACAGAAUUGGUAACCCUGACAUGAGAACGGGAAGCGAAUUUUGACGAAAUCAUCAAAUUCCAAAAAUCCGACUACCUUCAUCUCAAUUUGGAUUAUCAAAUGAACUAUAAUUACAACUGUGGAUUUAUAUUAUUAUUUUAAUUACACUUACAUUAUUUCGUAAACAUUAUUAAACGUGGCAAUUAUAAUCAUAAUAAACAACAAUUAUCCAUAAACAAUUGAUAUAUUGGUGCAAUUUAGUAAGUCUGUUCCAUUUUAUAAAUUGUGCCAUUUUUUUAUUAUCAUUGUUUUCGCCCAUCUAUUUUUCCUUGUGACUGUUACAUUCUUUUCGUGUGCUAUUUAGUUUUUAUAAGCAUGUCUUAUGAAAACACAGUUUCAAGCGUACAGCAAGCCUCGUCCGUGAGGUCUCUUAACCUCCCUGCCCCUUCUUUUAAAAUCGCAGACCCAAAACUUUGGUUUAUAAGACUUGAAAAUUAUUUUCUCGCUAACCGCAUUCUUUUGCAAAAGGAUAAGUUCGGCCUGACAAGCACACUACUCCCAGACGAAGUAGCUGACAACGUUCGAGAGGCACUAGCAAAACCAGACACAGGAAAACCAUACGACGUACUAAAAGAGGCUGUAAUUAAAACUCUCUCUCUCAGUGACCAGCAAGCCGUCGAACAACUCCUUAGCCAAGUACAAAUUGGAGAUAGAACCCCAUCACAACUAAAAAAUUAUAUGAAAAGUCUACUUGGCGAUAGACACAUUGACAAUAAUCUCUUCUAUCAAUUGUGGCUCCGCCGACUCCCGGCAAAUAUUCAGCAGAUCCUAGCUGUAGGAGAUACGGAUGCUGAUUUAGACAAUAUAGCAAAGAUAGCCGAUAGAAUAUACGAAAGAAGCAAGCAAGCAAGCCCUCCACUACACAGCGUGACAGUAGACGAUAGACUUGAUACUCUACAGAAGGAAAUAAAUGUUUUAUGCCGAAAACUCUCAGAGUUAACGCAGAGAGAAAAGCCACGAAGGUCAUCGCGAGAUCGUUCGCGUGAAAGGGCCCGGUCAACUUCUAGACGACGCCCAACUCCCGCGAUAUGUUGGUAUCAUCAAAUGUUCGGCUACAGGGCUAGAAAGUGCCUACAACCUUGUAGAUUUAACAGGGCUAGUAACCGAUACCCACGAGUAUCAAUGGCAACAGCAUCAACACACGUAAUGCCUGAAAAUAGUCACCUCUUUUAUAUACAAGACCGAACCACUGGCACGCAAGUUUUAGUUGACACUGGAGCGGAAAUUAGCGUAGUACCUCCAUUUAACGAGGAAAGAAAAAACAUUAAUCCGUCAUUAGUGCUAAGAGCAGCAAACAAAUCAGAUAUUAAGACAUAUGGUAAACGGAAAUUGUCCCUAGAUUUUGGACGUGGCGCUUCAUACCGCUGGAACUUUGUCAUAGCAGACGUAUCGAUGCCCAUAAUAGGCAUAGAUUUCUUAUGUAACUUUGACCUGCUAGUAGACUCUAGACGACACAGACUUAUAAACGGCAGUCAAAUCACUUCGAUAAGAGGAAUACUUACGGAAGCCGUUUCAAUGAAUCUUGUGAUCGAUAAAAGUCGUGAUGAUCCAUACAAAUUGUUGUUAAAGGAGUUCCCUGAACUUGUAAAAGUAACAUACAGUAAAGCAGAUCUCAAACAUUCUAUCCAGCAUCACAUCGUAACGAGUGGUCCACCAAUUAAUGCAAGACCAAGAAGGCUAGAUCCCAAAAGACUAGCUAUCGCUAAACAGGAAUUCGACAAGCUAAUGAGGCUAGGCAUUAUAAGGCCAUCGAACAGCCCGUGGGCAUCCCCGCUACAUAUGGCCCCGAAAAAGAAUGGAGAGGUUAGGCCGUGUGGGGAUUACAGAGCACUAAACAAACAAACAGUAGCUGAUAGAUAUCCUAUACCGCACAUUCAUGAUUUCACCUACAAUAUAGAGGGCACUACUAUCUUCUCGAAGAUCGACUUAGUCAGAGCAUACUACCACAUCCCUGUCGCCUCACAAGACAUACCAAAGACAGCGGUAACAACCCCAUUUGGGCUAUAUGAAUUCCUGCGUAUGCCUUUUGGACUGACUAACGCGGCACAAACCUUUCAGCGGUUUAUAGACCAGGUCAUUAGAGGUUUACCUGGGGUAUACGCGUAUAUCGACGAUUUAUUAGUAGCUAGCACCACUAAAGAUGAGCAUAUACAACAACUACGGCAAUUAUUUAUGCGACUCAGGGAACACGGCAUUUCUAUAAAUAUUGAGAAGUGUGAAUUUGGAAAAGAAUCUUUACAGUUCCUAGGUCACAAUAUAACUUCGCAAGGCAUCACACCAAUAGCAAAAGAAGUCGAGGCCAUUAAGAAUUAUCCCCUACCCGAUUCAUGGAAAAAGUUACGCAGAUUUCUCGGGUUAAUAAACUAUUACAGACGAUUUAUGCCAAACUGUGCGUCAAUAUUGCAACCAUUAACAGAUGCGUUACGCGGACACGCACGCACAUUCCAAUUAUCAUCAGAAGCGAUUCAAGCAUUCGAGCACGCUAAAAAAGCACUAAAUAAAGAAGUGACGCUAACUAGACGAAAGAGCGACACACCGUUGGCUAUCAUGACGGAUGCUUCAGACGUAGCGGUAGGAGCCGUUUUACAACAAUUAGUAAAUGGCACAUGGGAACCGCUCUCAUUUUUUUCGAAAAGACUGAAUCCAACACAAACAAGAUAUAGUACCUUCGGAAGAGAACUCCUAGCAAUCUACUUAGCAAUAAAACACUUCCGUCAUAUAGUCGAAGGCAUAAAUUUUACCGUCUAUACAGACCACAAACCACUAACGAAAGCAUUAAGCGCAAAGCAAGACAAUUAUUCCCCGAGAGAGAUCCGACAAUUAGAGUUCAUUUCACAGUUCACGUCUGACAUUCAGUAUAUCAAAGGCAAUAGCAACGAAGUGGCAGACGCACUAUCCAGAACGAUGGUCAACGCUCUCGUCCAGUCCGAAAUCGAUUAUCACAAGUUAGCAGCAUUACAAAAUAUCGACGUCGAGUUAAACAGACUAAAGUCUGCCAAUACAACCUCGUUAGUUCUCAAAGAAACUCCAUUGGAAGAAGUAAGCAUCACCUGCGAUAUUUCUACAGGUCAACCAAGACCAUUUAUUCCAAAACCGCUAAGGCGAAACAUUUUCGAAGCCAUGCACAAUAUUUCACAUCCCGGAAUAAAGGCCACCAUCAAACUAAUCAGCGAACGUUUUGUAUGGCCAAGUAUGAAUCGGGAUAUUCGUAAUUGGACGCAAGCGUGUGUAAAAUGCCAAAGAGUUAAGAUACAUCGCCACACCAGUUCCGCAGUAGGUCAUUUCCGUCAUCCCGAUAACAGAUUCGAGCACAUACAUAUCGAUAUUAUAGGACCACUGCCGGUUUCCAAUGGCUUCAGUUACAUUUUCACUUGCAUUGAUAGAUUCACACGACGGCCUGUAGCUGUUCCCAUAAAAGAUAUUACAGCCGAAACUAUCAAAAAAACUCUAGUAGAGCAUUGGAUCUCCCAUUAUGGCGUACCUACUAAUAUUACAACCGAUAGAGGAGCUCAAUUCGAGAGCCGCCUCUUCCAACAACUCACAGAACUACUCGGAAUCAAACGAAUUCGCACAACAUCCUACCAUCCGAUGUUGAAUGGUAUGGUAGAGAGAUUGCAUCGGCAACUUAAAGCCUCCCUUACAGCUGUCAUCAGCAAUAAUGAUUGGGCCAGCAAGCUACCGUUAGUCAUGUUGAGCUUAAGAUCAACAAUCAAACAAGAUAUAGAAUGCUGCCCAGCAGAAUUGGUUUAUGGAACCACACUACGUCUGCCAGGAGAGUUUUUCACCGCAGGUAAAAGCGUUCCAACUGAUAUAGCCGACUAUGUACAGCGUCUUAAGCAGCAUAUGAGUAGUCUAAGGAUAACGCUUCCGAGACAACAUCAACGCCGUGUGUACAUACCCAAACAACUAAGUGACAGUACACAUGUGUUUAUCAGAAGGGAGAAUGUGCAACGUCCCUUACAGCCGGCCUACGAUGGUCCAUUUAAGGUGAUUAAAAGAGACGACAAAACUAUUACGGUAGACAAAGCUGGAAAAACGGAUGUAAUUAGCAUCGACCGAGUCAAACCAGCUUUCAUCGAAGCCUACGAUCAGCCAGUACAUACAGAUACUGCGAAAACCGUUGAAUCAUCGAAACGUCAGUUCCAAAAAUCAACAACGUUAACUCAACAAAAAAACGAGACUCCGAUAACAACAAGAUCUGGCCGCAGAGUAAGAUGGCCCCAACAUUAUGUUGCUACAAUUUUCUAUUAAUAAUAAUCUACUAUUCGGAAUAUUAAUUAUAACUUCUACUUCAUUGUAUACACAUGCAUUAUCAGGCUCAUGUUAUACGCUAUAAAACUCAACGUAUCUUAUGUACCCUUAAACUUAUACGUAUAAUUUUUGUUUAAAAUGUAAAGACAAUACCGCAUUCCUUCUAUUUCUUGCUAUUAUUUUAUGUAACCUCACGGACGGGCGCAAACCAAAUGUACAGCACACACUCUAACUUCAUCUUAAUUUUGUAUAAGCCUUUUUUUCAAACAAUUGUAACAACCCUAUUCAGUCUACUAAUUUUUGUGUGCAAACACAGACAUUUUCUAUAUAUCUUUGUUUGCAGGGGAGAACUAUUAUAGCGACUCACGUGCAAAUGGGUUUUUUCUCAUUUAACUCAGUUAAGCCCUUUUGUUAACUUAUUUAAUGGACAAAGUCAUCCAUGAUAUAACAACUUGUAGUACUAUCUUUAUUAUUAUGCUUGUGUGAAAUACAUAUGCUUGAACAUUGUUUAGCGCCUACGCAUAUAUUCAUUCUGCUAGCUUCACUAUUAACUGCUUAAUCUAUUCGCUGACUCAUCUAUUUUCCUAUACAUAUAUAUACCUGUACAUUUUGCACGCAUUGACGACAGCUACUUGCUACUGCUACAAUCGUAGUUCGCUUGCUCAUUCAUUUUGCCUCUCUGCUGUCUGGUCCGAAUUAUCUACUAAAUAAAACUGUAGUAGCUGCUUC